GAUGUUAUUUUGUAGAACACCUAUGUUCUGUUGGAAGAAGAUCCAUACACAUACGCGGUCACACGAGCUCUACAACCCACGUCCAUUGGCACGUGUCCACGCGGUCAGAGUUCUGAAAACCUAUAAAUAACCCCCAAAAGUUGCUUUCCAUUUUGUAGCCUUUUUCCUUCUUCGCCAAGUUAACAAACAUCUAUGGAAGCCAAAAUGGGAAAGUUCUUCGAGUCCGUCGGAGCAUUCUUCGGCGGCGGCGAUCAGAUCCCGUGGUGCGACCGUGAUGUAAUCGCUGGUUGUGAAAAAGAGGUGGCGGAUGCUGCCAAUGGUGGUUCUGAGGAACACAAGAGUGAAUGCAUUAUGCGGUUAUCAUGGGCUCUUGUUCAUUCUAGACAAGCUGAAGAUAUACAGCGUGGGAUCGCAAUGCUUGAAGCUUCUCUAACAAGUAGCAGCAGCCCAUUGCAAAAGAAGGAGAAACUUUAUCUUCUGGCAGUUGGAUAUUACAGAAGUGGCGAAUAUGGUAAAAGCAGGCAGCUUGUGGAACAGUGCUUGGAGAUUGCGCCUGAUUUUAGGCAGGCUCUGACCCUUAAGAAGACAGUUGAAGAUCGGAUUGCUAAAGAUGGUGUUAUUGGAAUAGGCAUUACGGCUACUGCUGUAGGACUCAUUGCUGGUGGCAUUGCUGCAGCAUUGGCCAGGAAGAAGUGACCACCACAACAUAAUGUGAAUGAUAACGAACUACCACAAUGGCAUCCUGCUGUUUUCAAUUUUCCCUACAAGGAUCCUCCAAAUAAGCAUAGACAGUAGAAACAAAACAUCACUCAGUAUAUUUCCGUAUUUGCUGAAUUAGAUUGAUAGAGAUGAGCGUUCCCUUCAUUAUUUGGGUUGAAAGUUAAUAACUAUUGUCAUACAAUGGAGUUACAGAUAUAGUACAGCAGCAUUUGCCAA